GAUGGGGACCGUGAGGCCACUGCCGGAGCUUCGUCCGCGGCGGCUGCUUCCCAGCAGAGGCCCCCGGUUUGCCCGCCCUCUGCAUCCCCUCCUGCUGUGGUUAUCGCUGUGGGUUCCUUGGCCGGCGCGCUGAUCCUUCAGGGGAACUGUGUGUGACCCCCUCUCCUGUGUUCUUCUGUGUGUUCCCGGGGGUCCCCCGCAUCUUCUCGGUGCCGGCGGGGCGGCCGUGGCUCCGCCCUUUGCUUCCCCUUUGUGCCUCCCGCCACCUUCUGCGUGGGGACUGCGGGUGGGGUGGUCCUGGUCCGGUGUGCGGGUGCUGUCCCCUGAGGGAGGGCAUUUGUCCCCCCAUGGCAUGGCCAGGAGGAAAAACACCCCCAGUGCUUUCCCCGUUGGAGGGAUUGUUACUGGUUCAUGUUGGAAGUCUCCCAUCUGCCACUGAUCUUAGUGAUGAGAUGCUGCUGGGGAACCCCUGGGACUGUUUUAUCCACACUGUGCACACCUGGGCUGCAGGAGUGGCUCUGAUGAGGCUGUGCAGCACCUGAAUGCCCCUCAGCUCCAGAGAGAGGAGCACCAAUGCUGAGGGGGGCUCCUGGGAGGCCUCCCCAUGAUGAUCCCCCCACCUGCCCCAGCCCCUGGCAGUGAUGCAGCUCUCCUGCCCAACGGGGCUGCUCAGGAUCUCUGGAGAUCCCAGGUCCCAGGAUACCCAAGCUCAGUCACCCAGCACAUCAGCCACAGGGCAAACAACUUCAAGAGGCACCCAAAAAGAAGGAAACACAUCCACCCUUCACCCCCUCCCCCACCAAACACCCCGUGUCCCAUUGAUCUGAUAGAUUUUGGGGAUCUCCAGCCUCAGAGGUCCUUCCUAGAGCUCCUCUUUAAUGGCUGUGUCCUCUUUGGGCUGGAGUUCAGCUAUGCCAUGGAAACUGCAUAUGUGACCCCUGUGCUGCUCCAGAUGGGGCUCCCAGACCAGCUCUAUGGGAUGGUGUGGUUCAUCAGCCCUAUAUUAGGGUUCUUGCUGCAGCCUUUGCUGGGGGCCUGGAGUGACAGAUGCACAUCUAGGUUUGGGAGGAGAAGACCUUUCAUUCUGGUCUUAGCAGUAGGAGCAUUGCUUGGGCUCUCACUUAUGCUGAAUGGCAGAGAUAUAGGAACUGCCUUGUCUGACACUGCAAAUAACCACAAGUGGGGCAUCAUUCUGACAGUCUGUGGUGUUGUCCUAAUGGACUUCAGUGCAGAUUCAGCAGACAAUCCCAGCCAUGCCUACAUGAUGGAUGUGUGCAGCCCAGUGGAUCAAGACAGGGGCCUCAACAUCCAUGCUUUGCUAGCAGGUCUUGGAGGUGGCUUUGGUUAUGUUGUUGGAGGAAUACACUGGGAUAAAACCAGUUUUGGAAAAGCUGUGGGAGGGCAACUUCGUGUCAUCUAUGUCUUCACCUCAGUGAUUCUGACUGUCACCACUGUGCUGACUCUCAUUAGCAUCCCAGAAAGACCCUUGAAGUCCUUUAGCAGGAAGAAAAAGGUGAUGAAGAGUCCAAGUCUUCCUCUCCCUCCUUCUCCACCUUUCUUUUUCGAGGAGGGUGUCAAUGAAAACUUUGCUUCUCAUAACUCAGACCACUUAUACUCCAGUUUUACCAGUCCUGUUUCCCCCCUCAGCCCACUCACACCCAAGUAUGGCAGUUUUAUCAGCAGAGACAAUUCCUUAACAGGAAUUAAUGAAUUUGCAUCAUCCUUUGGGACCUCAAAUAUUGACAGUGUACUUAUAGACUGUUUUACAGGUGGCCAGAACAGUUACUUAGCACUUCCAGCCAGCUUGCCCAGGCAGCCUGUCAGUGUCAGCUUCCCUCGGGUGCCUGACUGCUGUUCCCAAGGAGAGAAUGGAAUUGUGGAGCCAGGGGAGAGCAGCACAACUCCAGGGCCUGAUGGAGAGGUGCUGAGGGUGGGCUCACUGGAUGCCAUAAAGCCAAGGUCAUCAGGGAUCCUGAAAAGACCUCAGACCUUGGCCAUUCCAGAUACCAUCACAGGACACUGCCCAGAAAACAGCAGAAGAAGAAAUGUAACUUUCAGCCAACAGGUUGCCAACAUCUUGCUGAAUGGUGUGAAGUAUGAGAGUGAGCUGAAUGGAUCAGGUGAGACCUCUGAGCAACCACUCUCCUUGAAACUCCUUUGCUCAACCAUCUGCCAGAUGCCCAAGACUCUUCGGAACCUCUGCAUCAACCACUUCCUAGGAUGGCUUUCAUUUGAGGGGAUGUUACUCUUCUAUACUGACUUCAUGGGGGAAGUGGUGUUUCAAGGGAACCCAAAAGCAUCACACAACUCAGAUGAGUAUCAGAAGUACAACGCUGGGGUCACCAUGGGCUGCUGGGGAAUGUGCAUCUAUGCAUUCAGUGCUGCUGUCUAUUCAGCUGCACUGGAGAAGCUGGAGGAGAGGUUCAGCACACGGACACUCUACUUUGUGGCAUAUUUGGCAUUUGGGCUGGGCACAGGGCUGGCCACACUUUCCAGAAACAUCUACGUGGUGCUCUCCUUGUGCACGACCUACGGCGUCCUCUUUGCCACACUCUGCACUCUGCCAUACUCCCUGCUCUGUGACUACUACCAGAGUCAUGAGUUUGUAGGCUCCCAGGCGGAGGGCACGCGGCGCGGGAUGGGCGUCGACAUCUCCCUGCUGAGCUGCCAGUACUUCCUGGCACAGAUCCUCGUGUCCCUGGCCAUGGGGCCACUGAUGGCAGCUGUGGGCAGUGCCAGUGGUGCCAUGUAUUUUGCCAGCUUGGUGUCUUUCUUGGGCUGUCUCUUCUCCUCCCUCUGCAUCACCUACGAGCCACCCCCGCCUGCCCAGGAGCUGCCGCCUGCUGAGGAGCAGCAGCCGCUUCUGCCCCGCACUGAGGACAAAUAAAUGGGAGCAGCCUCCACGGACUCUGCUGCCUCAUUGUCCUGUCCUCGGCCUCCCCAUCACAGCCUGGUGGGCUCCUGUGCCCCCACAACAGCAGCAGUGGGCAUGAGAAGUGUUGGAUCUGCAGGAAUAUCUGUGAUGUGCUGUUUCCAGGAAUGGUCAGGAUGAAACUGGAAGAAAAUAGCAUGAGAAACUGCAUUUGGCACUUCUGAUUUCUGACAACCUAAAGACUUGAGUUUUGGUGAAUAUUUUAAUUUUCUUGUGUUACCUUAAUUUCUCUUCCUUAUCCUAACAAACUUUUAAAUUAAUAUUUUAUUU